AUGGGAGCCAAGAAACGUUGCCAAUUCCAACUCGGCACUGAUGACCAAUGCAACCUUGCGGCACUGAGAAUCGUAGGACAAUGUCCUCAUUGUAGAGUUCAGUUUUGUGGGGAUCAUCGACUACCCGAACACCAUAGCUGCAACAACCUAGAAGAUUGCAGACAGCAGGCAUUCGACCGGAACAAGACGAAGCUUGAAAGCGAACGAACUGUUGCUUCGAAGAUGGCCACCGCAUAG